UAUUGCAAAUAUAUGUUUUUAAUGGGAUUUCUUUCUCUCUAUAAAUAUAGCAUAUAAAUAAAAUAGCUGUCAUCUUUUCUUCUAUGGCAAUUGUUUGAUUUCCAAACUUAUAUUUUAGGCUUAUCAAACAUGUCUCGCUCUCUAAUGUAAUAGUACUACCCUUAUCUACACACACACAUACAUAUACUUUUUUCUCUCUCGGCUUGAAGAAGUGAAGAUUGAUCGAUGUUAGCUCUCUCUCCGGCAAGUAACUCGACAGGAGAUGAUUGCAAUGGAGAGUCAGAGUUUCUUGCUACGUCGUGUGGAUUCAGUAUCGAGCCCGAGGAGGAGUUCCCGGAUUUCGCUGACCACGGCGAUCUCCUCGACAUCAUCGACUUCGACGAUCUGUUCGGCGUCGCCGGAGAUGUGCUUCCUGACCUGGAGAUCGACCCUGAUAUCUUAGCCGGAGAUUUCUCCGAUCACAUGAACGCUUCCUCGACGGUGACCACGACGUCGUCGUCGUCGGAGAAGACUGAUGGUCAAGGGGAGACUAAUAACAAGGGUGUUUCGGGGAAAGGUGAAGAAGUUGUCAGCAAAAGAGACGAUGGGGAGACUGCUGUGGCGGAGACGGUGAACUAUAACGGUGACAGUGACCGGAAAAGGAAAUAUCCCUCAUCUGGUUCUUCCAGGAACAAUCGAAUCACUAACAACGAAGGGAAGCGAAAAGUGAAGGUGGAUUGGACACCAGAGCUACACAGGAGAUUCGUGGAGGCAGUGGAACAGUUAGGAGUGGAGAAAGCUGUUCCUUCUCGAAUCUUGGAGCUUAUGGGAGUCCACUGUCUCACUCGUCACAACGUCGCUAGUCACCUCCAAAAAUAUAGGUCUCAUCGGAAGCAUUUGCUAGCUCGUGAGGCCGAAGCGGCUAAUUGGACACGCAAACGCCACAUCUACGGGUUAGACUGUACCGGAGCUAAUAAUAUUAAUGGUCGGAAUAAAAAUGGUUGGCUCGCACCCGCACCCACUAUCGGCUUUCCACCUCCACCGCCCGUGGCUGUUGCGCCGCCACCUGUCCACCACCAUCACUUUAGACCGUUGCACGUGUGGGGACAUCCCACGGUUGACCAGUCCGUCAUGCCGCACGUGUGGCCCAAACACUUACCUCCACCGUCUACUGCCAUGGCUUCUCCACCGUUUUGGGUCUCGGAUUCUCCCUACUGGCCUAGGGUUCAUAACGGGACGACUCCGUAUUUGCCGACUGUUGCUUCGAGGUUUAGAGCACCGCCGGUUGCCGGAAUCCCGCAGGCUCUGCCGCCGCAUCACUUGGUGUACAAGCCAGAUCAUGGCUUUGGCGGUGCUCGUGCACCGGUGGACUUACAUCCGUCAAAAGAGAGCGUGGAUGCAGCCAUAGGAGAUGUAUUGACGAGGCCAUGGCUACCACUUCCGUUGGGAUUAAAGCCACCGGCUGUUGACGGCGUUAUGACGGAGCUUCACCGUCAGGGUGUCUCCGAGGUUCCUCCGACCGCAUCUUGUGCCUGAAACGGACAAGCGCCGGAGGCAAACCCGAACCAAAAAAAUUCGACGACAUGUCUUUUUAAUUCUUGUUUUUUUUUUUCCAAGGGUUGUUUUUUGUUUUGGCCCUUGUUGAGUGUUGAGGGCUUAGUGUCUCAUCGUCACCAUGUAACUAAUAAGGAGACCUUUUAAUUUCAUAUUUUGGGUGCUACUUUGUACGCUCGCUACAACGCAAAUAAAUGAUAUUAUAUAUCCUCUCUAUAGCCGCUGAUGAUUUAUAA